AUGGGAAAAGAGCAAAUACAGUUUAUUAGUUCACAAGAAGCGACGCAAACAGCCAGUUACUUGUGUUUGGAAGAUCAGCAAAACAGUAGUGUUAUACAUAUAGAUUUUAUACUGGACAGGAACACUGAUAUCGUUACGUCAGUGUAUGCAAAUGGUUUUCCAAACUGCGCAGGAUCUAGCCAGGAUGGUGGACAGACUUAUAGCAUUCGUAUGACGUUUUCCAUCAGCGAUGGAACACAAACAUAUCCUUCCUCCCCAUGUGGAAUGGUGAUUGAAUCAGAUGGAUUUUACCAAGUCGAAAUACGCUCCGAGGCAAGCAGUGGUCUAGUGUCCUACACUGAUAGAAUUUAUUAUUUCAAAUGUCAUCCGACAAAAAGUAUCAGUCAAUGGGCGACAUCUUCCGACAUAAGUGUUGGAAGUGUAGACCUUUUAAAUCUAACCUCCUCGCGGUCGGCAGAACUACAGGUUGUCACAGCAAGUGAUACAAAUAUUCCUGUAUUUUUAGCUAAUCUUGGAGAUCUGGUCCGAUUUAAGUUCACAAUGACAUACACCAGUGCAGUCGAAAGCAUAGAUGUCCUGGGGGUUCAACUUAAAAAUCUCAUCUGUUCACCUUCAGAUACAUUCGCGCCUAUAAAGAGAACUCUCAUAGACGACAAUGGGUGUGCAGUAAACUAUACAGAAAAGGCAUUAUCACUAUCAGGACCUUUUAUCACAGAGUCAAACGGAUCAUCGCCUUUUGUGGCAUUAUCCCCAGUAUUUGAAAUAGGAAGAUUUGCAGACUCCUUUGAAUUAAAUUUCAUAGUAACCAUUGAAUACUGUACUUCUUUAUCGGAUUCUUGUUUUACGAACAUGUGCACGUCUCGAAAGAAGCGAUCUGCCGAUGGAGUGGUUGAAGUCCGUGCAAGUACCAAAAUCAACGUGUACCCGAACUCGCAGUUAAAUUCUGAUACGAACAGCACAGCUCCUGAAGGGACAUAUAACUGCUUUUUGACGUGGAUGUUCGCUUCAGUUGCUGGAACCGUUUUCAUUAUUCUGAUCCUUGAUGGUCUCUUAAUUGCUUACCUUUUGAGAAAGCUGAAAGGCCAAGGACAUGCACGGGAAAUUAAAAUGCCGAUGGUCAUAUAUCCCAGAAUUAAUACCGGCACGCCAUCCUCUUACUUUUAA